CGCAGCGACUGCGAUGGUCUGUUGGAAGCUCGCUGUCUGAAUGUUGUUCAUUCGUCUGUUGAAUUCUGAACGCUUCGGUUCGCUUACUCGGACUCGCCGCAUCAAGUGAAAAGCUUCAAAGAAAAGCCAAAAAUAAAGAAAUAACUGAAACUUGUGUGAAUCAAAAGUGUUAACAAACAGAUUGAUAAAAGUGAUAAGAAGAGACAAAGUGCAACAAUAUAUAUACUUUAAUUAAAAAUCAUCAUUAUAAUAAUAAAAGACAAAGUUUUACAAGAGAAACACACACACAAUGGAUAUGGAUACGUUGCUGUUACCAUCGCCGCCUGCAACGCCCCCGCUGCGAGAUAAUCAAAUUGAAAACGUCGCCAAGGACAAACAACAAGUGAGUGAGAAUCUGCUAAAGGCCAAGCUGAAGUUGGUGAGCCACAAAAAUGGCGGUGGCAUUAUUACGCCCAAUCCCUCGGAUACGGAGGAUGAUGCAGCCGAUGUGACGCCAUGCAAGAAAGCACGCUUAGAGCAACCAGCGGUUACAUUGACACCGCCGCCAGACAAAGAGCAACAGUUGGAGCAGGCAAGAAAACAGGAACAGUUAAGGGAACGGGAACAGUUACGGGAACAGGAACAGGAACAGGAACAUGACUCGGACACACAGGCACAACAACGUGUCAGCGUCAUAAUGCGUGUCAAUAGCGUCGGCACCGUGUGCUCCUCCAUUGAAGACAACUCAAGUUCCAGUUCCAGCUGCAGUUCCAUCAACUCUGCCACAUUUGCCACGCCCAUUGCCGAUGAUUAUCCGGAGGAGAAUGUCUGGCGCAAUCUUAAGUACAAAAUGAAUCGCAAACGUGCCGCCGAGGUGGCAUUGCCCAAACCCACAUCCGAAUCCAAUGCAACCUCAGCAGCUGAAAUUCCCUCGCCGGCACCAACGGAAGUUGAAGCCAUUACGUUAUUACCAAUGCCAAAUCAACUGCUGCUUCUUAGCACAGUUGCUGCCCAGGCACAACCUCAUCCGCAUCCCCAACCUCAAUCUAAUCCUUCAGCUGCUUUGCUCUCGGAGUCCACGGGCAAACGCAUUACAGCUGCUCAGGCAGCUGCCACACGGAGUCGCAUCUACGAGUGCAGUUUCCCGGAGUGUGGCAAGAACUACUUCAAGAGCAGUCACCUCAAGGCCCAUCAACGUGUCCAUACGGGCGAGCGUCCAUUUAUCUGCAAGUGGGAUAACUGCGACAAGCGUUUCUCCCGCUCCGAUGAGCUCUCCCGUCACAAACGCACACACACCGGCGAAAAGAAAUUCCAGUGUGUCGUCUGUCAGAAGAAAUUCAUGCGGAGCGAUCAUCUGUCGAAGCAUGUGAAGCGUCACAAUAAGGAUAAAGCCAAUGGUGUCAAUCGCAAUGUGACAACAGUUGUCACAUCAGCAGCAGCAGCAGCUGUGACACUUUGUGAACUGCGUGCCAUUGCGCCGGCCACAUCCACAAGUCCUGCUCCUUGCUCUCAACCCUGCUCCUCCUCCGUCGCCUCCUCCGUCAACAGUCUGCAAAUCUUUCAUGCACAGGAUCUGCUGCGAUUACAGCAGGCAAACAAUUUUGUGGGCUCCUUUGUGCGAUAGAAUAGCAGAAGUAAAAAUUCCCAAUCUCAUCGCGACAGUAUCACCAAGUCCAGUGACCACCAGUCACAAAAACCCAAAACAAAUUACUGGACCCACAUCCUAAGUCUUAAGUUAGCAGCUAAAUCUUGUCAUCGUUAUCUGUUAUCGUUAUCGGUUAUCGUUUAUUGUGCAUAUAUCAAGCUCUUAUUCAAUAUAUAUCCUUGUAAUUGUUGGUAUCCAUACUCGGAUUCCAUCAUUUUGCACACGGCACACACUUUAAUCUAAAGCAGAUGGAAUUCACUAGCGAAUUCGCUAGGUAAUUCGCUCUUUGUACACCAUUAGUACUACUUGCAAGAUCUUAUCUGAUUAUUUUACCUAGUUCAUAUAGUUUAUAUAUAUACAUUAAAAAAAAAAUACAAUACAUACAUAUAUCUAUAUAUAUAUUAUAUUAUAUAUACAGUAUAGCUAAAAAAUCUGUGAUAUUUAAGUUUUUCUUAACUAUUUUCUAUUGUACAAUAAUAUAAUCGCUCGUAAAUAUUUC